AUGUGCUACUUGGCAUUGGACAUUGGAGGAGGGCUCUAUGGUGCCUCUACUUUUGGUGGCAAUCCAUCAGCCUUUGCAGCACCACUAUCUCCAACAUUCACAGCCUGUCACGAUGCCAGUGACCCCGACAACAAAGAAAUCGACUAUUGUCCACCCUCGGCCACGGCUGCGGAUAUCACUGAUUUUGUUCCUACUGCUCCUUCUGUCAUCGCAACUAGACCUGCGGCGCACCUAGUCGACUUAUUUGAAAAAGUACAAGAAGGCCAUAGAGAAAAUGAAGAAUCUAAAUGGUACUUGUAUUUCUUCGAGAAGAUCUGCCAAAACCUGAUCAAUGACGAUACUUUUGCACUUCCCUUUUGGAACUGGGAUAACCCGCCUGCGAUGUUUCUGCCAGCCAUUUUCAAAGACUCCCCAUCCCCACUCUAUGAUAGCAAACGCAACCCCACUCACCUAAAUACAGUUAUUGAUAUGUGCUGGGAAGGCACCGAUUCAACGGAUAAUACCAUAAAAGUGAUAAGAAACCAUCUUUGCCACAUGUACAGGCAAAUGGUUGCUCAGUCCACAACUCCAUGCGGUUUUUUCGGAAAAGCGUUUCGUGCUGGUGAAACCUCUGAUCCAGGGGAUGGUUCAAUUGAAACUAGUCCUCAUACGAAUGUGCGCCGUUGGACUGGCGACCCUAAUGAAUCUCAUGAAGAGGACAUGGGCUCCUUCUACUCAGCGGGAAGAGACCCAAGAAAACAAUCCAAACGAACCCUAAGAAAACAACCAUAG